AUUUUGGACGUCAAGUGAAUCUAAGUCUGAGACUACAACCGCAAUUCUUUGAGAAUUGACUCCAUGUCGUGAUAGACUCUUUGACAGCAACAACCACUGCCCACUACACGUCUGGAGUAGGUCUCUCGACCGGACGCGACCCGACACCUCAGUCGCAUAACCGCUCCUACUCGCCGUCACACUCUUGUUUGAUACCACAGCUUGGUAUUAUCUCGUAGGAGGCACUCGACUUUGGUUACCUCUAAGGAGCUCAACCCGUGUAGUUGGUGUGGGUCGACGCAGGCUGUGAGAACUAAGGAUACCUUUAAGGAGCAUCGCCGCGGCAUUAAGCCUUCCUACCCGUCCGCACAAAGCGCAUGGUUUACAUAGACAUUUGCAGCUUUGUUUGGAGGCAGAAAGAAGAACGACCAACACAAUCGGUAAAACCCAGACGAAGAUCCGACGAGGAUACCACGGUCACCGCUUUCACAAUAUCUCUACCCAAAAGCCUUUUCUGCUCUACCUAUCUCUACAUGCGGAUUUUGCAACCACAAGAGUCGACGGCCAAUUUGCUCUCGAAGGUUGUGCGCUGAUCAAAUCAGAUAUUUAGGCGACCUAGUGUCAGAACCUUCAUCUGCUGGCCGAGUUUUGCAGUCACCAGCCGUGCUUAUAUCGAGUGGAAACACCCACCUAGCAUUUUUCCUUCAUCACACAAUUUCUCACUACCAUGGAGAGUACCCACUCGAGGCUUCGUACCAUGUUGCCGCCCAUCAACUUCAUCAGCAUUCACUACGCCUACUUCAUCAUUGUUUGCUUGUUUGCCUCCCUUAUCUUCUGGGGCUCUUCCAAUCCGGCCCAUAGUAUCAGCUAUGCUGAUAGUCUCUUCUUGGUUGUCAGUGCCAUGACUGAAACGGGACUCAACACUGUCAACCUAAGUGAGAUGACAACAUGGCAGCAAAUCUUGCUUUUCCUUCUCAUCAUAUUCGGCAGUGCCAUCUGGGUUUCUAUUUGGACCGUAGUCGCCCGCAAACAUGCCUUUGAGAAGCGCUUCGAGGACGUCGUCCGCGCUGAACGGCUUCGAAGGGCCAAUAGAUCAAGUUCAGUCAAUCUUUCGCGCUUGAGGUUCAUGCGGUUCCAGGGAAGACGGUCGCUGAAUGUCAUUUCACCGCCGGCCAUGACAGAAACCCUUGAUUUGGUCAGCAUUUCGACACCGAGUCCCGGCAAAUCUAAUAAUCCAAUCCUGGACGUUCACGCACAUCACACCCACUACACUGGAACCGCAAAGCUUUCCGACAAGAACACGCCGCAACGUUCGUCCACGCCUGCCCAUAUUGCAUUCGCCGAAACACCGCAUUCAAGCCCCGAGAAUCACCCACCAACCGGCUUCUCUACAGCAGCACAACACGGAUAUCUUGUGAGUCAGAACAACACAGCCCGCAGGAUAGCCCCUCAAAGGCAAGAGCACUUGGAAACCGAGGGGGAUGCGAAGGGCGACUUCAGCGUGCGCAGUCUUUUCGCUCGCGCGGCAGGCAGAAACGCCCAGUUCCACGGCCUCUCCCGAGAGGAGCGCCGUGUGCUUGGAGGUUGCGAGUACCGCGCUCUUAGGGUUUUGGCGGUUAUCGUACCGCUUUACUUUUUCCUUUGGCAAUUCAUCGGCUGCAUGGCGUUGGGCGCCUGGAUCAACCGCCACCGCCCCGAGCCGCCCCUCAGAAACGGCGUCAACCCAUGGUGGCUUGGGAUCUUCAACGGCGCCUCGGCCUUUAAUAAUUCGGGAAUGUCCCUUUUAGAUCUCAAUAUGAUACCGUUCCAGGAUUCCUAUUAUGUUCUGGUCACCAUGGGAUUGCUCAUCCUGGCUGGAAAUACUGCCUACCCUAUAUUCCUCCGGCUGAUUCUAUGGGGCAUACUUCAGAUACUGGACGUAGCCACUAUGGAGACGGAGCUUCGCGAACUGAAAGAAACACUGCAGUUCAUUCUAGAUUAUCCUCGCCGUGUAUACACAAACCUUUUCCCACAGAGACAGACCUGGUGGCUGGUUUUCAUGGUUAUCCUCGUCAACAGCGUCGACUGGGUCGCUUUCGAGCUCUUGAACAUGGGCAACCCCGCCGUUGAGUCGCUACCAAAAGGCUCGCGGGUUGUGGAUGGUCUUUUCCAAGCAGUUGCUGUACGUUCUGGAGGCUUCUACGUGAUCGCUAUCCCUUCCUUGUACAUUGGCGUCCAGGUCUUGUAUACCAUCAUGAUGUACAUUUCGUGCUUUCCUGUGGUCAUAACCCUGAGGCACACAAAUGUUUAUGAAGAACGCUCGCUGGGCAUAUACUCCGGUGACCCGAUAUCGCCAGACAUUGAAUCCGGCUUGCACGGGCGCUCUGGAGUAACAAGCCUUGCUCGCCAUAUCAGCCACAGCGGGACAUCAGCCAUCGGUCAAGCGUUUCGCCAUACUUUGACUUGGCAUGGGGUCGGUGUACGCACCCCUUUGACAAACUCCGCGGCUGACUCACGCAUCAGCUUCAUUAGCGUAAGUUAUGUCGAUCUCAUCCAUUCAACGAAGGACUGUCCUCAUAAUGACUUGCCCAACAGCAACAAAUCCAGGGACAACUGGCGCACGAUAUGUGGUGGUUGGCGGCUGCGGUCCUUGUCAUCGUUACGAUUGAGACAAGCAACUUUUUGGCCGAUCCGGCCACUUUCAGCGUGUUCAACGUGAUCUUCGAAGUGGUCUCUGCUUACGGUUGCGUUGGAAUUAGCGUCGGGCUCCCCAGUGCCAACUACAGUUUCGCUGGGGGAUGGCAUACUGCUUCAAAGAUAGUUCUUUGCGCUGUCAUGUUAAGGGGACGGCAUAGAAACCUGCCGGUCGCGCUUGAUCGAGCAGUUCGUCUACCCGGAGACGACUUACACGAAGAAGAAGAGGAGGAUCACCGGCUUCGACGGAGCGUUACCAUUCGUGGUGUCGGGUCUGGCGAGGGCUAGUGUUCUUCUUUUCUUUUUCUUUUCAUGUCACUACGAUUGCUGGCGAUCAAUCUUUUCUCCAAAAUCAAUCAAAGGUAUCAUGACCUGACGAUGCAAUAGGAAAACAAUCUGUAUCAAUGUUCCG